AUUGUUUCAGGUGAUGUACAAUGAAGUUCUAUGAGCAUCUUAUUUCAACCUCGACGGGUGGCCUCAUAGUGGCACUGGUUGCCACCCCGUUCGACGUUAUCAAAGUGCGCCUAAUAGCCCAGACGCUUCACAAUCACGACAGAUCGUGCUUCUAUGAGUAUUGUGAAGGAGUGUGGAAGGAUAUUUGUUUGACUUGUGGGUAUGAACACCCACCCAAAGCCGUGUAUAGAGGAGUGUGUCAGCGUGAGAUUUACAGUGGCACAUUUGAUGCUGCCAUGAAAAUCAGUAGAAAUGAGGGGAUUUCAGCGCUGUGGAAUGGGGCUGCACCCACCCUGUUAAUGAUGAUGCCGUCAGCUGUUUUAUAUUUCACCAUGUUUGAUAUGCUGAGAGACAAAGGGAGGGCCAGGUUUGCAGAAAAGUAUCAUGCUUUUGUACCUUCAAUCGCUGGAAUCACAGCUAGGUGUGUAAACAUAGGUAUAUUCUCACCUGUAGAACUGGUACGUAUAAAAAUGCAAAGUGAGCACAAGUUAGUUUACUCCAAGAUAAAAGACUCAAUCAGAAAUCACAUCCAAAGAAACGGAGUAAAAUCCCUGUGGGACGGAGCUAAAUCCCAGCUGUUCAGAGACGUGCCCUUUACCGUGGUAUAUUGGUAUCUCCAGGAGAUGUACAAAAUCAAGCUUCGUAAGAACGGUUACGGUACCUUGGCUAGUAAUUGCGGAGGGGCCUUUGUUGGUGGAUCUGUUGCUACGUUAAUAUCACAUCCCUUCGAGGUUACAAAAACCCAACUGCAAUCAAAUGUUGGUGUGAACUCGAACUAUGGUAGUUCUGGGAUGGUAAGACAACUUAUUAACAUUUUCAAGAUUAGUGGGACAAAGGGACUCUACGUAGGGCUGGCGCCUAGAAUGAUUAAAGUUCUGCCUUCUUGUGCUAUUUUUAUAACAACUUUUGAAGGAUUAAAAGAAUAUUUCAACAGUAAAAACAAUGAUUGAAGACUUAAACUUAUUUCAAGACCGUGGUGACCCUGGUAUUGGAAAUUUCAAGUCAUUUUUAGCAGACAUUUACUUCUUGAACAAAUUGUAGAAACAAGAAUUGUAUCGUUCCCGUGGCCAGUGUAUCAUAUUCAUUUUUAUUCAAU